GCAGAGCUUCUGCUCUCUACUUCUCAGCUGAUUCUUUUCUUCUUUUUUUUUGUCGAGCCUCUCGUCCACACGCGAGUCACGCAUAACGCGCUGCUUUGGUUGCUUCUUUCCUUGUGUGUUCGUUUUCCCUCUGUAUUCCGUCUGCUGCGAGUGUCGCCGUUAAACGAAGCCAGUGCGUCGGCGGCAGCAGAUAUACACAUACGUACUUGCGAAACGGUGGAAGAAAGCGCUACCACCAAACCCGGAGGCGGCUGCACCUUGUCUUUGCUUGUUGGUUUCCUUCCCGGUGCUUCCGAUCACAGCUCUUUCGUUCCUUUGACAGAAGCACAUCUAGUUUCUUUCAUCACACACACACACACACAUACUUAUACACAAGCACACUUCCAUUCAUGCAAAGAUGCUCAAUUGGUGGCUCAUCGUUCUCAUUGUGAUCGUGCCGCUGAUCUGCAUUGGCCUCACUGUGUACAUCUUCUUCUACUUCCAAUCGGACGAGGACAAAACAACCGACUACAUCCCCAAAGCAGUGGCCGGACUCGGUCUGGUGCUCGGCCUCGGCAGCGUCCUGCUCGUCCCCUACGAUGUCGCCAACGCGCCCGAUCCCACGGUGGCGCACAAGUACAAUCAAAGUCUCAACACGCAGCUGAUGUGGCAGAUUGUGCUAUGGGCAAUGGCCGCAAUGGCCGUCGUGAUUUGUCCCUUUUUCAUGUUCUUUUACGAGGCCUACGACCCCGAUAAGCCCCGCAUCGGCAAGCAGGUGGUCCACGCAGUCAUCUCCACCGUCAUCAUCUUCAUCCUCUUCGCCAUCAUUGUGGGGCUCUGCUUCUACUACGUCGGCGUGGCGGAUAUCUCCUUCAGUUUCUACGAGGCCUCGCCGCAGAAGGUCUUACCCACCGACGGCGCCGUCAGCUUCGUUAGCACCUACACAAGCGAGACGCUGUCGAUCAAAGUUGCCUUCACCACCUACGUCAUUGGCAUGCUGUGCUUCUUUGGCUGGAUCCUCUUCUUCUUCUACGGUGGCACGGGCAUCAUCUCGUACCCGCUGAGCCUCUUCCGCUCCUUUAAAGGACGCACCAAGGCCAUCAGCGCGAGUCGCUUUACCGAGGAGAUGGCCAUCGUGCUUGCCAAGGCGGACGCUUUGUUGGAGCUUUGCGUGCAGCUGCAACGCGACAGCCGCGGCACCAUCCCGCGUGGCAUCAAGAACAAGAUCAACAUUCUGCGCAACGAGGUGUACUUCUUAGAGGCACAGCAGGACCAGCUGAUCUGGGCCUACACCAAGGCUGGUGGGUCACCGUUCAUUGUAUAUGGAAAGCUCUUCUUGGGUGUGGUGUGCCUCGUUACGGCGAUCAUGUGGAUUCUUCAAAUUUUCAUCUACAACACCUUUGACGCCGACCCGUUCCUCAACACGCUACUGCUGAAGCUGAACAACGCCUUUGCGCUAUGCGGGGUGUGCUGCUACGGUGUCUUUGCCUUUUACCUGACGUGGUCCACCUUCCAUGGCCAGAUUGCGCUCGGCCUGCGUCUCGUGUUCUUCCAGAUUCACCCAAUGAAGAAGCACGACACGCUGGUGAACUCCUUCUUGUUCAACGUCAGCCUCCUCCUCAUCACGUCGUACGCCGUCAUCUUCUUUGCCGCGCGCUCCUUCCAGGACUACGUAGCCUACACGGCCAUUAAUGGGCUCAUGAACGUGUUUGUGAUGCACCUGCGCGGCAUUGGUGUCUUCAUCAAAUGGGCGCAGUUCUGCUUUCUUGGGAUGGCCCUGCUGGCGUUGAUUUGGUACGCGAUUUGCCCGAAAAAGAAGCGCCGCGACCCGACAAAGAUCCGCCUGGACGAUCUUUAA